CUCAUGACAACCGCUGCAGUACAAGCGGUACAAGCACGCUGCGCUCGGUCGGCGCUGCGUCUGUACCACCUAAUUGCGCCCAAAAUUUUCCAAUGCCGACUUUAACUAAACAAAACUAUACUGUAGUAUAGCUUUGUGAGUUGUAGUCGGCCUCGCGUAGUUCUGUAUUUCCUGAUAUUAUAAAUUAGUGACUCAAAAUUCCAGAAGACUGCAAUGGCGCCACAAAAAGGAAAGCAAGGAACUAAAGGACAAAAGCAGAUAGUAGAAGAGAAUAAGCAAACCAUAAAGUUCUACAGCAUUAUGGCAAUUGCAGCAUUAAUUGUCCAUUUCAUCGCACACAUGAUGUUGUGGAGGGAUUCUAUUACAUUGUCUCACACGCUGCUGUUCCUCUUCUCUGUUCUUGUCUACGGUGGAUGCAUCCAAACAAUGCGGUACAUGGCUCGGGCAUCUUAUUCAGAAACUGGCCAACUCUUGGAUGGUGGCUUGGACCUCAACAUGGCACAGGCUGGCAUGGGCGAGCAUCUGAAAGACUUGAUCAUCUUGACUGCCUGCAUACAAACACUUUCACUUGCGUCAACAUACGUCUGGUAUUUAUGGCUUGUGGCUCCUGCAUAUGCAUUCUACUUACUCUGGGUGAAUGUCUUGGCACCGUGGGUCUUUCAGCCAGCCCCUCCAGAGGUGGACGACAAAAAGCAGAAGAAAUUGGAGCGCAAGGGCAGACGUCAUUGAGGCUCUUGUCACACGCACAUCAUUAUAAGUGUUUGUUCAAAAUAGAUCGAUGGUUGCAUAUAAUUUCAUUGAUUGGCAAUUAUGAAAGGUAAAUUUAAGUCUUUGCCACUUAUGCACCUCAAAACUUCUUUUUUUCAAAUCUCAAGAAUAAACGUUUGAAGUGAAAUGAA